ACGAAACAAACCAAAAGGAGGAAUCCACAAGGCAACGACCGGCUCCAGGAGCCCAGAUUCCUCCGCGACCACAGAGGGCGCAGAGCCGACGCUGGACUCCCAGCGCGGCCGGAGCCGCUCGUCUCUAUGAUUCCGGGACGCGAGGGUCGCUCUAGCGCGCUGCCUGCUCUCGUCUCGUUGGUUCCGACCCCCGCAGGGCCCUAUGUUGUGUUUACAGGGCGCUGGUUAGAAGGUCCUCCCCAUGGGGCUGCCCCGUGGGUGCCUGAAAGUACUUGUCACACUCCACGCUCACCGGACUCUCAGACCCACAAAGGACCCUGAAGGCCCGUAGAAGGAGGGCACUUCAAUAGUUCAGCUUUUGUAUAGAUAAUUUUUUUUUUUUUGUACGGCGCAAGUUGGGCACUUCAAGACUUGGGGAGGGGAGAGAAAGAGAUGCGGAAGAGAGGGACUGCGGCUGCGCAGACAGACCCAACCCGCCGGCACUUCCCCGUAGCUUUUCCCAGGCGUCCUCGCGUCUCCAAGGCGACGGGGGCGGAGCCUGCGGAAGGCGCGGGAAGUCAGCGGUACUAGGAGGGGAGCGGGAGUCCUCGCGGCCGGGCGACUCCCUCCAUCUCUCCCUCCUUGCCUCCCUCACCUCAGGCCUGGCUGAGCCGGGCCCGGCCUCAGACACCUCGUCCCCGCAGUGGCAGCCCUCCCGGUCCUUUCGGCUGGAGGACAACGGGCCCAGCGUCGGCUUUAGCCCCAGCCCCCAAUCCCUAGCCCGGGGUAGGAGAGGAGGGAGACUCCUCCCCUCAGAACCCCCCCCAUCGGCCGGAGGGAGCCGUCUGCGCCUGCGCGGGCCUGGCGCCUGCGCCCUGGGUCUACCCCGGCUUGCUGGGUGAUCUGGCAGUGUUCGUUGGCUUUUUGUGAUCCACGCGCCCCCUUCCGUCACUUGUCUAGUUGUGUGUGGAAUCAUUUGUGGCUAAGCGGAUGCUAACCGGGCCUCUGUUCAAGGGCUUGGAAUUUCAAACAGCCUAGAAUAAGAUAAGUCAUCAGCCCUAUCUAGCGUGUCCUCUGCGGCGGGGACCUGAGAAUGUGUGGUCCAGGGAUGCCCGGAGAGGGCAGAGUUGGCCCCUGUGCUUUCUUUCUGCAGGUCUCUCACACAGCUGAAAGAAGUCACGAACCGAACCUGUGGUGAGCUCUCUGGGGGCAGAUGCUAAGAUGGAGGGCGAUUUGGAUUUCAGCCAAAGAGGAACCAAAGUGACCCUGGGGACCAAGGCCAAGGCCAGGUCUUUGAAGAAAGACGCAGCUGGGACGCAGCAGCCUCCGAAGGGCCCGAGGAGCAAAGUGCCCUCCAUCUCUUGGCGGCGGACACCAGGUAAAGGGCAUCCGCUUCCGUACGCCUGGAACCGUGGGGGCCGCUUAAGAGAAUUGCGCAGCAGAUGUCUGGCCAGAAAGUUCUUCCUCUUGUGGGCGCAGCAGACCUUCGGAAGAGUCCUGCCCUCGAGAGCCAGGCACCACUAUGAGACGAGGCUCCUGCAAAGAACCUUCGAGGCCUGGAGAGAAGAGUGGUGGGUCGUCCGGCGAGAGUGGAAGCUUGGGGUCCGAGCAGACUGCCACUACAGAUAUUCCUUGUACAACCUGAUGUUCCAAGCCUGGCAGACCUACGUCCGUCAGCGACGGGACAAGAAGAGCAAAUACCGCAGAGCAGAGGACCACGCGGCCAAGCAGAAACUGUGGCUGGCCUGGAAACGCUGGCUCAUCUAUGUCGAUGUUCGCCGGACCAAACGUGACAUGUACACUGUGGCGCAGGAAUUCAGGCAGCAGAGUAUUCUCCGAGUGCCUUGGAGAGUGUGGAGGCGGCAGGUGCGGAAGAGCCACGUGGGCCGCUUGAUGGAUGCUGUGGCCCUGCAGCACUGGGGCACCAGCCUGCAAUUCUGGGCCUGGUCUCAAUGGCAGGAGCAGUUCCUGCAUAUCCAGAUCAUUAGGAAGAAGGAAACCGAGGCAGUAAGGCACUGCAUGCGCCAAGAACAGCGGAGGGCCCUGACGGCGUGGAGGGGCUACCUGCAGGGCCGCAGAGAGAGGCAACACCAGGCGCAGCUGGCUGGACAAUUCCACUGUGCCGUCAUGGUCCGCACCAGCUUCUUGGUCUGGCGGGUGGCCUGGCAGCAGAGGAAGCUCCUUCAUGCACACCAGGCCCGGAUUGAGGCGCUGGCGGCCCGGAUCACCCUGCGGCAGGCCUUUGAGCGCUGGAAACGCUACAUGCUGAUUUCUGCUGAGGACGCUGCCUUCCAGGACAUGGCCGAGAAGCACCAUCGGCAGCGGCUGGUGCUCAGCUGUUUCAGGGCCCUGAAGGACAACGUGAAGAAUUCCCGUCGGCACCGCUUAAGGAAGAAUCUGGCUCACGGGCAGUACCAGGCCAUGCUUUUGCAGAGGUUCUGGCGCCGCUGGUGUGCUCGAGCUGAAUGGAGAGAGAAUGAGAGGUGGCUGCCCCAGCUCCUCUGUGCCCACGUCCACUUCAGGGAAGCCCUAUUACAUAAGUGCCUCCGGCUGUGGUCACAGAAGGCCCAGGAGAGCAGACGCAAACAGAUGCAGUCCGCCAAAGCGGAACACCACUACCGGAGCAGAAACCUCUCCAUCCUCUUUGAGGCCUGGAAAAGCUUCAGCCGCCAGCGGCGGGAGCAGAGGAUGAGGCGGGUGGAGGCUUCCAACUUUCACAGGGAGUUGGUGACAAGACGGGCGUUUGAUAUGUGGUGGCAGAAGAUGUGUCUUCAGCGAGAGACCCGAUUGUCUGAGAGAACAGCCAUCCUCCAUGCUGAGUGGCGGGUGCUCCGGCAGUACUGGUCCACAUGGCGCUGGCGGGCGGCCGAGCUUUCUGUGGAAAGAGGGGGCCAGGCCACAGCAUGUGCCCAUUACCGCCAUAGACAGCUGCGGAAGACUUUCUGGAUCUGGAAGGAAAACCUUCAGGCCCUCCAAGCCCAGCAGGCCGGGGAGAUGAGGGCUGCAGUGUUCAACUCGGGUCUGCUUCUACGUUUGACCUGGAGCAAAUGGCGAGAGUACAUGGCCCUGCAGAACGUGAAGUGGCAGAAGGCGGCUCGUGCCGAUCGCCAUUACCAUCAGGUGCUGCUGCGCAGGGCCUUGGCCGCAUGGAUGAUUUAUCAGGGCAGGGUCAAAGCCAUCCUGCGCCAGGUGGCAGAGAGGGAAGAUCAGCAUCACCGGGAGCUAUUGUGGUGGGUGUUUCGUCGCUGGAGGGAAAACACUGCAGCCCAGACGGAGGAGGCCAGGAAGACACUGCGGGCUGAGGAGCAUUACAGGAGAGCCAUCCUUUGGAAGGUGGCCAUCCACUGGAGGGACACAGCAUCGCUGAGGAUACGCUCCCGGCAGCAGAAAGAUGUGGCCGCCACGGAGGCCAGGGAGCGGUGGGAGCGAGGUCGUCUCCGAGCCUCGUUUCAGCACUGGCGGGAGUGUGGCCGGAGGGCUUCCCUGCAUAGAGCCCAGCUGUGGCGGGCUGCGCAGCACCAUGGGAGGAGGCUGCUGAAGACCUGCAUGGCCCGCUGGAAGAAGUACCACGUGGCGUGUAUCCGGAAGAUGCUCCUGCAGAGGCAGAGUGUCCAGCUGAUGGCUCAGAGACUCCGCCGCUCCUCCUUCUCCACGUGGAAGCGCCAGCUUGGGGAGAAGCAGCGGGAGCAGCAUGCCACCGUUCGGGCUCUCUGGCUUUGGUCCUUCACGCUGCAGGGAAAGGUUUGGGAUGCGUGGCUGGGAUUUGUGCUGGAGCGGAGGAGGAAGAAAGCCCGGCUAGAGCGGGCCGCGCUGGCCUACCACGGCAGCCUGCUUCACGAGGGCGUCACCCGCCUCCUGACGUUCAUGGCUGGCAUGAAGAGCUUCCGUGGGCAUUUCCACGCCCAGCGACAGGCCCAGGUGGCCCGCAAUCUGCACCAGGUUGUACAUCGGUGUGCCACACGCUGGAAGCGCAAGGCCUUGGCCAAGGACAGAGCUGCCUCCUGGAAGAGAGUGACGUUCGAGGUCCCCGUUACCGAUGCCCCCUCUGCUGCCACUGGGGAAGCUGCUGUGGAUGUGGAACAGUCAAGAGCGCCUCAGCGGCCCAGCAAGCCCUGGGGCUGGCCCCUUCAGCUGGCUUCUGGAGACCCCUACCUCCCUGACCUGAACGUCGUCCGGCCCAUAAGGAAGCAGCCUCGUUGUCCCAGCUUCCUUCUGGACUCUCUGGAGAAGGAAGGCACUGCUGGGCGCCUGUGUCCUGGGCUUUUGGCAGAAACAGCUGUGCCCCUCCUCCCUGCCCAGCCUGGCCCCUCUGCCACUCUGGCGGCACCAGGACCCAGCAUCAGGCCCUGGGCAGACUCCAGGAGCCUCCCAAAGCCUCGUGGCCACAGGCCCCUCCACACCGAGGCCACUCCGCCUCCCCUCUCCUCCAUAGCCGGUGACCGAGACCCGAUACAAAAUACCCCCUCAUUUGACGAGCCCUGGAGGGCUAGGGAUUCAUCUGGAGCUGCGGCUCUGACUCCGCAUGCAGUGUGCCCUGUGUCAGAGCUUCCCUUCACCCUUGCCCUAGGAGGGCGGCACCAGGGUCCUGCUUCCCCACCCUUUGCCCCCAGCCCCCAGAGAGGGCGGUCACCUUGUGUCCUCGCCUUCCAGCCCGCCGUUGGGAUAGCUCCCCCUGAGCUGGGGCCCCGAGAGCCCGCGGCUGUUGCGGAGACAGAGUGUCCCCAGCCUGGUGGCCACCUGCUUCUUCCCGAGGACUUCCUAGGGAGCAAGGGGAGGCCCAGUCUGGGCCUGGGAGCUUCAGGGGGCGUGCAGGCUGACAUAGGCGGAAGGGUGCUGGGCAUCCUGGGAGACGGCGGUGAGCUGGAGGCCGAGCUGGAGGAGAUCCAGGAGAAAUUGUUCAGUUACCAGGCCAACAAGCAGAGCCUCAGGUCCUGGCAGAGGCAGGCGAGCAGCCUAAGGAGGUGGUUAGCGCUGAGCACGGAGGACCCCAGACCAGAGGAGGAGGAAGCAGGACGGCAGGUUCGGCAGGAACUUCACCAGGUGGAGAAGCAGAUUGCCCAUCUGACGGAGGAGCUGCGAGCUGAGCGGCAGCAGGUGCAGCGGUACGUGGCCCGCAUCCAGGUCCUGAGGGUCGCCUUCUCCUAGCUCCAGGUGCUCCUGGGAGCUCCUACAGCACGAGCCUCUCCCUUUCCCCUCCUCCCUCCGCUCUCCAGCAA